CAUGUGGUUCCGUGUGGUUCCAUGUGACCCCAUGUCACAAAGGGGCAGAGAUGUGGCACCCAUCCGGUAUCCUGAGGAGCGCGCCAACGAAAAUCAGUUGGACAGAGUUGGCCUUCGGGAUAACUCAGCUCCUUCCUUUGCUACUUGUGUGCCUGCCUUUUUUGGAUGGUUUAUUGUUUACUGACCGUUUCUCCUCAACUUUCAUCCUCUUUCAAAGGUGACGGGAUUGGUGCUGUUCUCUUUCUGGAGAGAAAGACAUCCUUGGUCAUCUAAAGCAUUGCACUCUCUUCCUGAGAGAGGCAAUGGCCACAGCAGGGAACGACUCCUUCAUUGCCGAGGGAAUGACUCCGCCACAAAGGAUCCUCUUUCCCCCGGAGAAGAUUUGCAUGGUCUGGCAGCAAAGACAGAGUGCUGGAGCAGGACUCCGCAAUGUGGGCAACACAUGCUUCCUUAAUGCUGUCCUGCAAUGCCUGACAUACACCCCGCCGCUGGCCAACUAUCUGCUCUCCCGGGAGCACAGCCAGGCCUGUCGCCAACAAGGCUUCUGCAUGAUGUGCAUCAUGGAAGCGCAUGUUAACAAGGUCCUGCAUUCCUCAGUCAGUGCCAUCCUGCCUUUGGCUGUUCUCAGGGGUUUCAGACUCAUAGGAGAACAUUUUCAGCUUGGCAGGGAGGAAGAUGCCCAUGACUUCUUAUGCUGUACUGUCAAUGCCAUGCAGAGAGCUUGUCUGAGUGCAAGCAACGACUUGGACAUAUCAUCCCAAUCUACUACCAUUGUCCAUCAAAUAUUUGGAGGCUUUCUGAGAUCCAGAGUCAUCUGCUUCAGCUGCAAAGCCAUUUCUGAUUCCUAUGAGGCCUUCCUGGAUGUCCCCUUGGAUAUCAAAGCAGCCUCAUCCCUCACUGCAGCUCUGGAGGACUUUGUAACACCUGAGCACCUGGAUGGUGAAAACUGCUUUAAAUGUAGCAAGUGUGAGAAGAAUGUUGCCGCCACUAAGAGGUUCACUGUCCACUGUGCACCCAAGGUUCUCACUGUGUGUCUGAAGAGGUUUGACUGCUUCACUGGUGGGAAGAUCAGCAAGGUUGUAGAGUAUCCGGAGUACUUGGAUCUUCGCCCAUACAUGUCUCAGGCAGAUGGAGAAGCACUCCUCUACUCCUUAUAUGCUGUCCUGGUGCACAGUGGUGUCAGCUGUCAUGGAGGACACUAUUUCUGCUACACAAAGGCCAGCAAUGGAUUGUGGUACCGGAUGGACGAUGAAUCUGUGGAGCUGUGUUCCAUUGACACAGUUCUCAGGCAGCAAGCCUACCUGCUGUUCUAUGCCAGAUGCUCGGAUCUGAGAAUUGGAGAAAGGGCUUCUUCCUCACUGGCACCAUCACAUGCCCCUUCCUUCCUCAGUCAGUGUGUGGCCAGCAGCAAGCAGGCAGGCUCUGUUGGACCACAGGGUCUGACUGGUAGGACUAAGGGCAUGAAGGACACUGGCAGGGAGCGGUCCCGGAGCAGAUCCCCUCUGUGGGGCAGGGAUCUCCGCAGCUGGUCUGUGGACACCACAGACUAUGAUGACUCUUCAGAGAGAAGAACUGGUCCUCCAAGUCGUGACCGUGGUCCUAGGGAUAGCACAGCUGCAAGGCCUUCCAAGAGGAUCUGCCGGUGGGCUCCCGCUCCCAGGGCUGCUCAGGAGCAAACCUUGCUGAGGCAGAGGGAGCCAAGCAGAUCUGUGCGGGGAACUUACAACCUUCGCAGCCGGUUUGUGCAGUACACAGACUAUGACCGCUCACUGCGGAAGAGAAAGAGGCAGAGAACAAGUCCUCCAUGUUGUGACCAAGUCUUAGUGAAUACUGCAGUUCCAGGGCCCUCCAAAGCCAGCUCCAAGCAGGCUCUCAUGCUCCGGGCUGCUCAGGAGCAAACCCGACAGAGGCAGAGAGAGCAGAGAAGAUCAACAUGGCGGGGCUAUGAUCGCCACAGCCAGUUUGGGCAGCACACAGACUACCGCCCUUCAGAGAAGAAGAGGAGGGUUUCCACGCCCCAGAGGUUCAUGUCAGACAAGCAUUCAGGGCACUCUGGCAAAGAUGGCAUUGGAUUAUGGCCCUGGCUCAAGCAGAACGGAAGACUAGCACUGCGUUUAUUAGCCAAGGCAUCCUUGUUUUCGAUACGCCUUCUCAGACCUGAGUGAAUGAUUUAUCUAAGU